AACUUUCCCGUCUUGCCCAGCCCAGUUCCCAGAAAACCACGGGAGGAAUCUGCCUGCACCCCGCGGCUCCCGGCCCCGCCCCUCCGUUGUCCGCCGGCCAGACUUGCAAGCGCGGUUGCAGCCUGGACCCCAGCGGGCGGUACCGGAGUCAGAGGCCCCGGACUGGUGGAGCCCCGGAGGUGGAGUGAGAGUGCCCUGCUGGCCUGGUCCUGGGUGCUGGCGCGGUGAGGAACCCAGCGCUCACGGAGGCAGCCAUGGGGCUGCUGUCUGGGGACACGCUGGGGACCCUGGCUGUGGCCGUGCUCAUCUUCUUGCUCUUGCUGGACCUGAUGCACCGACGCUCACGUUGGGCCGCACGCUACCCACCAGGCCCCACGCCGCUGCCGGUGCUGGGCAACCUGCUGCAGGUGGACUUCGAGGACCCGCGUCCCAGCUUUAACCAGCUGCGGCGCCGCUUCGGGAACGUGUUCAGCUUGCAGCAGGUGUGGACGCCGGUAGUCGUGCUCAACGGGCUGGCGGCUGUGCGCGAGGCGCUGGUGUACCGCAGCCAGGACACUGCCGACCGUCCACCUCCGGCCGUCUACGAGCACCUGGGUUACGGGCCGCACGCCGAAGGUGUGAUCCUGGCGCGAUAUGGGGACGCCUGGCGCGAGCAGCGGCGCUUCUCCCUAUCCACCCUGCGCAACUUCGGCCUGGGGAAGAAGUCACUGGAGCAGUGGGUGACCGAGGAGGCCUCGUGCCUCUGUGCCGCCUUCGCCGACCAGGCCGAACGUCCCUUUAGCCCCGUGGACCUCCUGAAUAAAGCAGUGAGCAACGUGAUCGCCUCCCUGACUUUCGGGUGCCGCUUCGAGUACAACGAUCCUCGCAUCAUCAAGCUGUUGGACUUGACGGAGGAUGGGCUGAAGGAAGAGUUUAACUUAGUGCGCAAGGUGGUGGAAGCUGUGCCAGUGCUCCUGCGCAUCCCAGGGCUGGCCGCCAGGGUCUUCCCGGCGCAGAAGGCCUUCAUGGCCCUGAUUGAUGAGCUGAUCGCUGAGCAGAAGAUGACCCGGGACCCGACCCAGCCACCCCGACACCUGACUGACGCCUUCCUGGAUGAGGUGAAGGAGGCCAAGGGGAACCCCGAGAGCAGCUUCAAUGAUGAGAACCUGCGCCUGGUGGUGGCCGACCUGUUCUCCGCCGGGAUGGUCACCACCUCGACCACACUGGCCUGGGCCCUCCUCCUCAUGAUCCUUCACCCUGAUGUGCAGCGACGGGUCCAGCAGGAAAUCGAUGAGGUGAUAGGGCAGGUGAGGCGACCAGAGAUGGGGGAUCAGGCCCUCAUGCCCUUCACCGUGGCCGUGGUCCAUGAGGUGCAACGCUUUGCGGACAUCGUCCCCCUGGGAUUGCCCCACAUGACAUCCCGUGACAUCGAGGUGCAGGGCUUCCACGUCCCCAAGGGGACGACACUCAUCACCAACCUUUCGUCAGUGCUGAAGGACGAGACCGUCUGGGAGAAGCCCUUCCGCUUCCACCCAGAGCACUUCCUGGAUGCCCAGGGCCGCUUCGUCAAGCAGGAGGCCUUCAUACCCUUCUCUGCAGGUCGCCGCGCGUGCCUCGGGGAGCCCCUGGCCCGCAUGGAGCUCUUCCUCUUCUUCACUAGCCUCUUGCAGCAUUUCAGCUUCUCGGUGCCUGCCGGGCAGUCCCGCCCCAGCGACCACGGUGUCUUUGUCUUCCUGGUGACCCCAGCCCCCUACCAGCUCUGUGCAGUGCCCCGCUAGAGGCAGGCAUCCAGCCGUCAAGCCGCUCCUCAGCCAUAGCCCUGAUGGUCAAUAAACCAGGGUCUGGUGGCUCCAUCGUGACUUGAGUCCACCUGGGACACCUGACCAGCCCCUGGCAGUCA